GGGAAGGGCCGGCUACGGCGGCCGCGCCAGUCCCGCUUCAAGACCCAGCCGGUGACCUUCGACGAGAUCCAGGAGGUGGAGGAAGAGGGGGUGUCCCCCAUGGAGGAGGAGAAGGCGAAGAAGUCUUUCCUGCAGAGCCUGGAGUGCCUGCGCCGCAGCACGCAGAGCUUGUCGCUGCAGAGGGAGCAGCUCAGCAGCUGCAAACUGAGGAACAGCCUGGACUCCAGCGACUCCGACUCGGCCCUGUGAGCGGCGCCACCCUCCCGGGACGUGGGGGACCGGUGGGCGCACCCGGAGAGGCCCGCGCCCUGGGGACCCCUUGGCGGCGCUCGCCUGGCCCGGAGUGCGCUCGGGGACCCAGGGAGGGAGCCACUUUCUUUGCCCUUGUAAAUGUUUAUUUUUUAACUCUUCCCAGUCCGAACUCUCUGGUGAGUGUGUGCGGGAGGAGGCCCGGGCUGCCUGCCCGGUGUCGCCAGGGUCGCCGCUCCACGCCCUGUAGCCCUCUGAUGGUUUGCACACCGCUCCACCGUGGCCCCCAGCGCACACCCGUCACACUCACCCUAGCACACUCACUGAACACUUUUAUAAUCGUUAAACGGGCGGAUGGGACCUGGGGCACAGCGUAGCUGCUGCCGCGGCCGGAGGAUUGAUAUUUAUUUUUGCAUUGCAAUUGCUGAAGGCGUUUAUUUAACGAUCUUUUUACUUGGAUAUGUCUGCGAGGCUCCUGUGUGGAGACAAAUAAAGUCCAUAUAUUUACA